CAUACACACCCUCUCCUCACCAUCAGCUUUCUGCCUGCUGCAGUCACAGUGGGCAUUCAGUGAAUCUUCCCCAAGUGCUGAUAUUUAAUACCUGCUUUAGCUGCAAAGAUUCAGAGAGGGGGGAGCAGUCCCUCUGGCCUUCAGGUAAAAGAUCUACACACAAUCCGAAAACAUGUCGCUGCAGAUGAUAACAGUCAGGAAUAACAUAGCCUUAAUUCAACCAGGCUUCUCACUGAUGAAUUUUGAUGGGCAAAUUUUCUUCUUUGGCCAAAAAGGAUGGCCCAAGAGAUCCUGCCCCACUGGAGUUUUUCAUUUUGAUAUAAAACAGAACCAUCUCAAACUGAAGCCAGCAGUUUUCUCUAAGGAUUCCUGCUAUCUUCCUCCUCUCCGUUACCCAGCCACUUGCACAUUCCAAGGCAGCUCAGAGUCUGAAAAACAACAAUAUAUCAUCCACGGAGGGAAAACACCAAACAAUGAGCUUUCUGAUAAGAUUUAUGUCAUGUCUGUUGUUUGCAAAAACAACAAAAAAGUUACUUUUCGCUGCACAGAAAGAGACUUGGUAGGAGAUGUUCCAGAAGCCAGAUAUGGUCAUUCCCUUGAUGUGGUGUACAGUCGAGGAAAAAGUAUGGGAGUUCUCUUUGGAGGACGGUCAUACAUGCCUUCUAAUCAAAGAACCACAGAAAAAUGGAAUAGCGUCGCUGAUUGCCUGCCCCAUGUUUUCUUGGUGGAUUUUGAAUUUGGAUGUGCCACAUCCUACAUUCUUCCAGAGCUUCAGGAUGGGCUAUCAUUUCAUGUCUCCAUUGCCAGAAAUGAUACCGUUUAUAUUUUAGGAGGACAUUCUCUUGCCAAUAAUAUCCGCCCUGCCAAUCUGUACAGAAUCAGGGUUGAUCUCCCCUUGGGUAGCCCAGCCAUAAAUUGCACAGUUUUGCCAGGAGGAAUUUCUGUCUCCAGUGCAAUCCUGACUCAGACUAACAAUGAUGAAUUUGUUAUCGUUGGUGGGUAUCAGCUUGAAAAUCAAAAAAGAAUGGUCUGCAACAUUGUCUCUUUAGAGGAUAACAAGAUUGAAAUUCAAGAGAUGGAGACCCCAGAUUGGACUCCAGAUAUUAAGCACAGCAAAAUAUGGUUUGGAAGCAACAUGGGAAAUGGAUCCGUUUUCCUUGGCAUCCCAGGAGACAAUAAACAGAUUGUUUCAGAAGCAUUUUAUUUCUAUAUGUUGAAAUGUAGUGAAGAUGAUGUGCAUGAAGAUCAGAGAACUUUCACAAAUAGUCAGACAUCAACAGAAGAUCCAGGGGACUCCACUCCCUUUGAGGACUCGGAAGAAUUUUGUUUCAGUGCAGAAGCAAAUAGUUUUGAUGGCGAUGAUGAAUUUGACACUUAUAAUGAAGAUGAUGAAGAUGAUGAGUCUGAGACAGGCUACUGGAUUACCUGCUGCCCUACUUGUGAUGUGGACAUUAACACUUGGGUGCCAUUCUAUUCAACUGAGCUCAACAAGCCUGCCAUGAUCUACUGUUCUCAUGGAGAUGGGCACUGGGUCCAUGCCAAGUGCAUGGAUCUGGCAGAACGUACCCUCAUCCAUCUGUCAGAAGGAAGCAACAAGUAUUAUUGUAAUGAGCAUGUGGAGAUAGCAAGAGCGCUACAAACUCCCAAAAGAACCAUACCCUUAAGAAAGCCCCCAAUGAAAUCCCUCCACAAGAAAGGUUCUGGGAAAAUCUUGACUCCUGCCAAGAAAUCCUUUCUUAGACGGUUGUUUGACUAAUUUUGCAAAAACUUUUCAGAUCCAUGCACAUUAAGCUUUUAAACCUAUCUUUCAAAACCUUGACAAUGAUCAACAUUAUAUUUGUAUUUUUGUUUAUUGGAAAUGCCUGUGCUUUCUUUUAGUUAUAUGAAUUAGUUCUAGGAAAAGUGUUUUAAUGCAAUGCUAAAUAUAAUCAUUCUAGGACCUAUUCAUUUUGAAAAUAUUUCUCUUAAUAUGAAAUUUCCAAAAUAUAAAUUUCUUAUCUGAAUUUUUCAUUCAAGCAAUCUUAAACACAGAAGCAUUAGUAAUAAUCAAGUUAUGUUUAUAUAUCUAAUAUGAUUUUUGGUAACAAAUACUCUAUGAAACAGUUAAGACAAAUUUAACCAAUAGGAAUUAAUUCCCCAAAGGAAUUACUCAGAUUUUGCACAGUAUAGCAUGUUGGUGGUUGCAAAAAAUUAAAACUAAUAUUAAUUGUAUUCCAUAUUAGUGAUUUUUAUAUAUCUAUAUCCCAUUGGAUUAUGCCAAUGUACAGGUGAUGCGAAUGUAGAUAUAGAGAUAGAGAUAGAUUCAGAUACAAAUAUAGAUCCACUGAUGGAAGAAAUGAGAAAUAUAUACGAGGUUUAGUACAUUUUCAUGCAUCUACUUUCUUCAGCUGCCUCCUCCCUAAUAUGUGAUGCACAGAUGAUUUGCCAAAACCAGUGCAAUUAUUUGAGAGAACUGUCACCAAAAGAUUCUGAAAUCCAUUGCAACUUAGCACUCUAGAGAAAGGAAAUGAGUGACAAUGCACUAGGAACCAUCAAAUAAAUCUCACGGAAAAGAAUAAUAUUGACUAUUUCCAAAAAUAAUAAAAGCUUUUAAAAAUUCAUAGAAGAUAUUCAGGCAGGAGAUUUUAAAUGGGGAAAAUGUAUGUGUAUUCAUUAAUGUGGAGUUAUGCUGCCAGUGAAUGUUACAAAAUCAGUGAACUUGCCAACAUUCAAUUAGACACUUGCUGAGUUCUUAAAAGGACUGUUAAUUUUGAGGCAUCAAUACAUCAGUUGAUAAUUCGAUGACCUUAGAAACAAAUAUCUCCCUCCCCCCCCGCCAGAGGACUUUUUGGGAAAACAUUUAACCUUAUCCUAAGAUCUUCAAUCAUGGCUUCUUACUCGUCAUUCUUUACUGAGAGUCCCACAACGUGUAAGAUUCUGUUACCAAGGUUAGGGAAACAUGAACCAUUCAAGAGAUGAAACCAUGGAGUACAAGUUCUUUUGCUAAAACUGCUGUGUUCCAUACAAUGAAGUUAACUUAAAUAAACUAAAUCACAGUUAAUAUGUUUAAAUAAUGUUACUUGAUGAAUAUUUCUUUUGAACAAAUGGUUGUACAUAGAUUUUAUUUUUAUUGUUUCUAUCACUUACAAGAAAAUAAUAAAAUAUAAAGUCUUGUGUUUAUAUUGAUUUACUCAAAUUAUUAACAUUUGGAAUUGCCUAUAAAGGCAAAUCAACCUAUUUAGUUUUCUCAGACUUACUCCACUUUGAUUUAUUUUCUAUUUGUUAGUAGCAAGUGGCUUAAAUUGGAGCUAAAAUAUCCUUUACAGGGUCCAAAAGAGAUUUUUCCCCGAGAAGUAGAUGCAUUCUCUUGAUUUGCCUGCAGUGACUUAGUGGCUAAAGAAUUGUAACCCGAAGGGAGGAGAGAACUUCCACUUUGAUUAUGACCUUGUCUAAAUAAGAUCAAAGUCAGCAAACUCAAAAGGCUUCCAUAGCCUUGGCAACUCAUGACUAGAGCCUAGGGAGAUUACUCAUGUCAUAAACAAGAGUGUCAAAUUGUUAAGUCAACAACAGGAGUCACUGUGCACUUACUCCUCAUGUGGGAUCUGUCCUUAAUGUGUUGUCCAAUGUGAAUUAAUGCUAUAACUUGUACUGAAACAGUAUUUGACACUUUAUGUUCUGUGUGGGUGCAAAUUGAUGAAAUCUUUACUUAAUAUAUACUAAAUCUAUCUCCUGUAUAUAAAGAUAAUUGAAAAUGAAUCUUGAUGUGAAUGGAAUGGGAGAGGGAGCAGGAGAUGGGA